AUCAUGACACAUCUCCAACAUAAGCAAAAGCUUCCUCUCUGGAGGCAUCUCUCUCGCUAACCUUGGGGCAGAGGUUGGCUCCUUCCGGCUCCUCCGCGCCUUGACAAGCCGGCGAACCACUCGCAUUGCCGGGCAAGAGGCCACCGGGCACCGGGCGAUGUGCGACGAGUGAGCCGCAGCUAGCUCCGGUAGCUCAGGAAGCUCGCUAACACACCGCUCCGCCAGCUAGCACAUGCUAACGCGGGGCUAGCCGAGGUGACCGUACCGUUCGGCGUCCCCCCCCGGAAAGGAGAAGCUGACAGGGGGGCGAGUGUUGACAGUGCGACCCCCGGGGACGAGUAGCACCAAGGCGGCCCACGCAUAUCUGUAGAGUCACUUAAGUGAAAUUACGGACAAAAGACAAAGAUGAACACAUCCUUCCCAUGGUUUCCCAUGGAUUUUACCCAGAGUGGGAGGGUGUGAGAAAGGAAGGAGCAAAAGGAGACUGUCAACAGAAGUCAUGAACCUCCAUCAGGUCCUCACAGGGGCUGUCAACCCAGGGGACAAUUGUUUCUCUGUCGGCAGCGUCAACAAUGUGCCAUUCACGGCCUAUGCGUCAGGUUGCGACGUGGUAAUUUUGGGCAGUGACUUUGAGCGACUGCAGAUCAUCCCAGGAGCCAAACAUGGGAACAUUCAGGUCGGCUGUGUCGACUGCUCACUGCAGGGUGGACAGAUUGCAGCUUCCUAUGGAAGCAUUGUGUGUGUCUUUGAGCCUGUUCAGCACCCAGAUCAAAAAGAUCCACCGUUGACUAAGUUGAACUGCCAAUGGCAGAAGACGGGUCAGUUUGUAUUACAUUCUAUGGUACGGAACCUUGCCUGGCACCCCACAGGUAGCACUCUCCUAACAGGCUCUACUAGCCUCCAGUUGUGGUCUCAUGUUGAUGGAGUGAAAGAUGAAGCUGAAGAAUGGGGAAAGAAGGAGGAAAUUACCAUGAGAGACUCUCAUUGUUCCUGGAGGUGUAUCUGGCAGAGCAAGACAGCCUCUCCAGUCAGUUUAAUGAGGUUCUCACCUGAUGGGGAUUUCUUUGCUACUGCUGGACAAGAUGACUGCUUAGUAAAGGUCUGGUACAGCACCAGUAAGUGGAAGUCAGGUGUUUCCAGACUCUUCGCUCCAGCACAUCCCAGUGUCAGUGUCCAGGGAGAGCUGGCCUUCUCCUUUGUCUACCUGGCUCACCCCCGUUCUGUUACCGGCUUCUCGUGGAGGAAGACCAGCACAUGCAUGCCACGAGGUGCCGUGUGUAAUGUUCUGCUCACCAGCUGUAAGGACAGCGUGUGUCGGCUCUGGGCAGAGACGUUGUUGCCCGGUGACAGCCUCCUGUACGGUCCCCACCAAAACCACAGCUCUGGCCAACACAGUGACACACUCAGAUGUGCAAGAAAACAAACCUGUAAUGGAAAGACCCAAGGAAAUACAGCACAGGAGUUGAGCCUUCAAGAAUCAUGGCACUUGUCCUCUUACCAGGACGUACCCCAACCCUCCCUGAUUGGGUGCCUGUCCAACCAUCAGAGCUGCCACUACAACCACAAGAGGAUCAACAGCAACAUGCCCCAUGCCAACGCUCUCUGCCACUUCCACAUUGCUGCCAGCAUCAACCCAGCCACAGACAUUCCUCUGCUGCCCUCCAUCUCCUCUCUGAGUGCCGCAGAUGACGACGAACCUGGAGGUCCUUUUACCGUCCACUGGCUGAACAACAAAGAGCUUCACUUCACUUUAGCUAUGGAAGUCUUCCUGCAGCAGCUCAGAGGCAGCCUGGAGCAACAGAAUGGCUGCUCCCAUGAAGAGCCUGAGGAUGAGGAUAACUCUGAUGACGAGGACAAUGGGAGCAGACCAACUGACCCCCAAGGACCUGAGUUUGGGGAGCUUUCUCUGGCAGCAGUGGAGCACCAGGUGGACGUGCUGUUAGAGGAGUGGAAUAAAGGGGCAGACAUGUUGUUCAGUAUUCACCCCAUGGACGGCUCCCUGUUAGUCUGGAAUGUGGACUGGUUGGAUGAAUACCAGCCAGGGAUGUUCAGACAAGCUCAGGUGUCGUUUGUGUCCCGUAUCCCUGUGGCAUUCCCUGCUGGUGAUGCGAUCUCCCUGAGCCACAGCGUUGUUAUGUAUGCCUGCAACAAGAACGUGGAUCUGGCUAUUCAACAUGGCAGACAACGACCGUCUGGGAGCACACUGCCUCAAGCUAAAUCUGCUCUAAUAAGCUACAGAGAUCAAGGAAAAACUCUGCCGAGCAGUAGCCUUCGACUCAGCAUUUUCACCCCCAAUGUCCUUAUGAUCUCCAAACACGAUGACGGUUCCCUGAACCAGUGGGCAGUCAGUUUCGCAGAGGACUCUGCUUUCUCCACUGUCCUCAGCGUCUCACACAAGUCACGGUACUGUGGCCACCGCUUCCACCUCAACGACCUGGCCUGUCACUCGUUACUCCCGCUCCUCCUCACCACCUCGCACCACAACGCCUUGAGGACACCAGAGGUAGACAGCAUUCUGGCUCCUCCAGAGGUUGUUUCAACAUCGCUACCCCGUGGUUCACGGGCCAGCCGGCUGUCCCUCGGUGUGGUUUCCCAAGAUCCCAAUGCAAUCUACAGUGAGCUGAUUUUAUGGAGAGUGGACCCUGUUGGCCCGCUGUCUCUGUCAGGCGGUGUGUCGGAGCUCGCCAGGAUCAAUUCCCUCCAUGCAUCAGCAUUCGCUAACGUUGCCUGGUUGCCCACAUUCAUUCCCAGCAGCUGUUUAGGUGUAUACUGUAACUCGCCCAGCGCCUGCUUUGUGGCCAGUGACGGCCACUCACUCAGGCUGUAUCAGGCCGUUAUUGAAGCCAAGAAACUCCUGGGUGAACUCUCCAACCCUGAGAUCUCAAAAAAUGUUGGGGAGGUGUUCAACAUGAUCAGUCAGCAAUCCACAGCAAAACCAGGCUGCAUAAUAGAGCUGGACACCAUUACUGACUUUCAGGGAAAGGAGACGCAGCUCCUGCAUGUUUUUGAAGAGGAUCUGAUCCUUGGCAGUGAGCGAACAGAGAGCACACAGGACAAUUCUGAUUCUCCUCGCACUGCCUCCGGUGAGCCAACCUUCUCGGCACGUUUUUUCCUGGUGGUGGUCGAAUUAACUCCGACAGGUCGCUCCCUCCUCCACAUGUGGCAUCUCCAUCUUGCUGCUCGACCAAUCACCAUGGAGGAGACCAAGACGGAAAAAGAUGCCACCACAGCUUCUCCCAUGAACACAUCCCAGUUUGACUUUGAUACGUUCAGUUCUCCUGUAGCUCAGAAGAGUAAAACCUGCACUUCCAGCCUGCAGAGUGCUUGUCGCCUCAUCCUCACAACGCACAGACUUUACAGCCAAGAGAUGGCUCUUCCAGAAGGUGUAGAAGCCAUCAGUGUUACACCCUCCGCAGGUCACUUGAGUGCAUCCUGUUCUCUGCCAGCUGGCCGUGUGCCUUAUCUCCUUGCUACUUCCUGUUCUGAUGGUAAGGUGCGCUUCUGGAGGUGUAAUGUCGUGGCGACAGGACCCUCCAGUAUGGACACCUUGCUGUAUAAGUGGGAGGAGUGGCCACUCCUGCUUGAGGAUAGGUUUCCCAACAGCAGCACAGUGAGUGUGCCUGGUCGCCCCAUAGAGGUCAGCUGCUGUCACGCAGGACGGAUUGCAGUUGCCUACAGGCAGACGCCAAACACAUCUUUGAAUUCAACACUUCAUCUGAACUCUAAUGGACUGUUGACGUCUCCUCCUAACCUGGCAUCCUCUCCCUAUAGCACCCACCUGACCCCAACUCUGACUGUACAGCGUAGCUCAAAUCCCACCCCAAGCCCCAACAUAUUAAACAUUAGAGAACCUUUGGUACACAUCAGCAUCUUCCAGUGUGAGUCCACUGGUGGUUCACAGUGGAUUCUCGAGCAGACCAUCGUCCUGGACAGCGCAGAUCCCACACCUAACUGCGGUACAACUAAAAUCGACUUCUCUUUACCUCACGAGAACUGUCUUGGUUCCACUAGUAAGAGCCUCGUUCAUUUGGACUGGGUGUCCCAAGAGGACGGGUCACAUGUCCUGACUGUUGGUAUUGGGACCAAGAUUUAUAUGUACGGCCGUCUUUCUGGGAAACCUCCAGAACUGGGUCUGUCCUCUGAAGCAAGUAGAGAACAGAGCUUGUCUCGUCUAGUUCUGCUUCGAUCAGUCGAUCUGGUCUCCUCGGUUGAAGGCUCAUUACCCAUCCCGGUCUCCCUCUCCUGGGUACGAGACGGCAUCUUGGUUGUAGGGAUGGACUGUGAGAUGCACGUCUACUCCCAGUGGCAGCCCCCAACACCACCCAGACCCAGUGCUGUCAUUAACCAAGACAACGACAUCAGCAGCAGUGUCUCCUCCAUUAUCUCAGCUGUCAGACAGAGCCAGGAGGAGGCACUCAGUCCUGGUGCUCCAGUGUCUUCACUAGCUCCUCCCAAAAAGGCCUUGACCAGGUCCAUGAUGAGUCUGGCUCAGAAACUCAGCGGGAAGAGGACGGCAUAUGACCUGCCUGUCGAGAUGGAAGAUUCUGGUCUUUUUGAAGCAGCUCAUCAACUCUUUCCCACUCUGCCCCAAUACCAUCCUGUGCAAUUACUGGAGCUCAUGGAUCUUGGGAAAGUUCAUCGUGCCAAAGCCAUCCUCUCUCACCUCGUGAAAUGCAUUGCUGGAGAAAUUGUGCCACUUAAAGACAGUACCGCCAAUCCAGAGAGACGUGUGCGCUCUCGAACCAUCGGUGCCGGUGGAAGCACAGCCAGGGAUCCAAAGAUGUUCAAUAUCACAGAGAACUCUGCCCCUGACUACACAGAGAUAAGCUCCAUCCCUCCCCUGCCUCUGUAUGCCCUUCUAGCAGCUGAUGAGGAUACAGCACGAAAAAUUGAUACAGUUAGCAGUGUGAGUGGAGAUAGUGGGCACGGUUCCAGUCACACAGAUGCUUACGAUGAGCUCUUCCACACACCCAGCAUAGUGGACCUGGAUCCUCUGGACAACGAUGAAGAGGAAACUGGAAACAAGGUUAUUGACCUGUCUCAGUACAGUCCCACAUACUUUGGUCCAGAGCAUGCCCAGGUUCUGUCCAGCCACCUCCUUCACUCCAGUCUGCCAGGAUUAACUUGCAUGGAGCAGAUGUCUCUCAUGGCGUUGGCCGACACCAUUGCUAGCACAAGCACAGACCUCAAGGGCAGCCAGGGCAAAAGCAAAGGUGGAGAGACACUGGAUGAGUGUGGUCUGAAGUUCCUGCUGGCUGUUAGACUGCACAGCUUCCUCUCUACCUCCCUGCCUCCAGCGCACCGAGCACAGCUACUACGGCAAGGCCUGUCAACAUGUCACUAUGCCUGGGCCUUCCACUCUGAAGCUGAGGAGGAGCUGAUGAACAUGCUCCCUGCCCUACAGAAGGGGGAGACCACCUGGCCUGAGCUCCGCUCCAUGGGUGUGGGCUGGUGGCUGCGUAGCACCAACAAGCUACGCCGGUGUAUUGAAAAGGUUGCCAAGGCUUCUUUUCUGAGGAGCAACGAUCCACUGGAUGCAGCUAUGUUUUACCUCGCAAUGAAAAAGAAGGCAGUGGUCUGGGGAUUGUACAGGUCUCAGAACAAUGCCAAAAUGACAGACUUUUUCCGCAACAACUUCACCGAGGACCGGUGGAGAAAAGCAGCAUUGAAAAAUGCCUUUUCACUAUUGGGAAAGCAGCGCUUCCAGCAUUCUGCAGCAUUCUUUCUUCUAGCUGGCUCCCUGAAGGAUGCUGUUGAGGUGUGUAUAGAGAAAAUGCAGGACCUGCAGCUGGCUUUGGUGAUCUCCAGAUUGUAUGAGUCUGAGUUUGAGACGUCCUCAACCUACAAAAAGAUCCUCCAGAGACACGUUCUGGGUCACGACAAACAGAUUCCAGCCCACCAGGACCCGUUCCUGCGGAGCAUGGCUCACUGGGUCCUGGAGGACUACAGCAGAGCCUUGGACACUUUAAUUGAGCAGCCUGCAAACAGCAACAGCUCUGGGUCCACUGAGAGCAAAUGUGUCACUGGUUCCUCUUCUGUGGCUACAUGCAACCCUGAAGUUUUCAACUUUUACACCUACCUCCGCACGCACCCACUCCUCCUUCGCCGCCAUUUUGGCUCGUCAGACAAGGCUAAAGUUGGCCUGACUGCUGAGGGUCGCCGGGCUGACUCCAUUAGCCUGGAGGAGAGGAGACUGUUCUUCACUGCUGCAUAUGCACAUUUACAAGCUGGCUGCCCCAUGCUUGCACUUGAAGUUCUCUCCAAGAUGCCCAAAGUCCACAAGCAUUCCAAACUCCUGAAUCAGGAGGAUACAGGAAUCACUGCUGAGCUCAGUGCCGGGAGUAAAGAUGGACAAGCAUCCGACUGGUCCCAGCCGUCUCUGAAUGGCUACGAGUCAGAUGGGAACAGCUUGUCCAACAGUAAAUCAGAUUCGGUGUUGAGUUUUGAUUGGAGCCAGCCAUCACUGACACUUCCAGGGGACGCCCUGGAGCUGAAGUGGGACAGCGACAAAGAUGAUGAAGAAGAGGAUGAGGACGAAGAGGAUAUUAAAAAUGCUAACACCGGUAGAAUCGCAGACAGCAGCAGUGUGUUCCAGGACCCACAGGACGUCAUGUCACCGCUAAUGGAGACAGUGAUCGGGGAGGACAGUGAGGACCGUGAGGACAGCAAUGACUUCCUGGCCCCCUCUGAUGACAUCUUGGUGGCUCAGCUGAAGUUUACUGCCUGCUUGAAGAUUAUGACCAAUGAGCUGCGGACGCUGUCGACGGGGUACGAAGUCGAUGGGGGGAAGCUGCGUUACCAGCUCUACCAGUGGUUAGAAAGAGAGGUGGUGGCUCUUCAGCGUUGCUGCAGCUACAAGCCCUGCCUGCCAGAGCUGUCUGCCCAGGGUGAUGCCUGCGUUUCUGGGUUGGCAGAGGAGGGGGAACAGCCUGGGAGCCCUCGUGGUGACAGCCAGAGGAGCAGGAGACACUGGCUGCAGAGUAACCAGCCCUUACUGAGGAUGUUUCUUAGCUACUGCAGCUUACAUGGCUCCCACGGCGGAGGACUGGCUUCUGUACGCAUGGAGCUCAUACUGCUUCUUCAGGAGUCUCACCAGGAUGACUCCAUCCAGUCAGUGGUGACGACCAGUUCCCAGCCCUCCUCUAUCCCUCUCCUUAUGGCCUGCACAGCCAACGUGAAGACAGUGGUGGCCAAUCCUAUCGUCUACCUGACCAACUUGACUCAUGACAUCUUGCAGACCAUCAAUGCACUCGACUCACCUCCACAUCCUGAUGUGGUUAACAACGAGAUCUAUGUGAUGCACACCUUGGCUGCUUCCUUGUCUGCCUGUAUAUAUCAGUGUCUGUGUGACGGACACACCUUCAGCCAUGUGAACCAUUUCACUGGGAUUGUUUACCAGAGUGUGUUGCUGUCUCAGAAACAGCCGGUCAGAGCUGUCAGCGUGGACGAGUCCGUUCAGCCCAACACUUCUCCUGCACAGUGGCCAGGUAUCGCCUCUCUGAUCCGUCUGCUGAGCUCAGCAGGCGAGGAGAGCCAGCCAGGCUUGGCCGUGCUGCUCUGCGAGAUCCUGACUGCCGUAUACCUCAGUCUGUUUGUUCACGGCAUGGCCACUCACUCCAGCAACGAGCUGUUUCGCAUCAUGGCCCACCCUCUCAACGGCCUGCUCUGGGUAACAGUGUUCGGAGGAGGUGCUCGGAUCCCCGUCAUUGAGAAACCUUACAGCCCGACAAGAACACCCCCCCCAGGUGAUUGUUUCUCUGGUUUUCUGUCUGACGCUUCUCCGAGCGCCUCAGACAGAAAGUCCAGACGAUUCAGGCUUCGGACAUCACGCAGUGGAUCCAAAGAGGAGUCUGGGAUAGAGCGGGAGGGACCAUCCAGUCCGAGGCAUGUCCCUGUAGUGGAACAAGAGGCUGCCUCCAUCUUUAAAGAAAGAUUUGUUCCUCCAGAGCUCAGCAUUUGGGAUUAUUUUAUUGCCAAGCCUUUGCUGCCACCAUCGGAAAACAGAAUAGAGUACGACUCUGAGGACAGUCAGGAUGAAGACGAGGAUGACGAUGACUUUGAAGACGUCUUUGACCCCAACUCUCCGCGCAGAGAGCAUUCAAACCACAAUUCAUACAGUUGGUGUUUAAUGCGGCUGUCAAUGGUUCAGCUGGUGUUGGUCAAUCUGAAGUCCUUUUACCCAAUGGCAGGAUAUGAUCUAUUAGAUCUGCCUGUGGGCUCUCCUCUGUGUCACGCUGUGCUGAAGACGCUGCAGCGCUGGGAGCAGGUGCUGCAGAAAAGACUGGAGCUGUUUGGAGGGCCUCCUUCCAAGUACAUCUCCACACAGCUCCAGGAUGAAACUGCCACACCCGGCCCCGCUCUGCUCAGACACAAGGUCUUGUUUGAGCCGUCCAACACCCCAUUCAGGACCAACCACCAUUCAGCGCUGCCAGUGACACGUUUGUGGCAGUUUCUGGUCAAGCAGGACGAAGUGCAGGAGACUUUCAUUAGAAAUAUCUUCACCAAAAAGCGGGACCCCAACGAGUCGGUCGAGGACCAGACUGGCAAUAUGAAAUGUUCAGUGGUGGAGGAGACAGGAAACCAUCAGACUGGGUCAGAGCUGGGCUCCCCUGGAGGAAAAGCACGCAUCAUCCACAAAGAAUCUGACAUCAUCACAGCCUUUGCCAUCAACAAGGCAAAUCGUAAUUGUCUAGUCAUGGCCUCUACACAUGACAUUCAGGAGCUGGAUGUGUCAUCCAUCUUGGCCACACAAAUUAUGACGUGGAUAGACGACGAUGAUGCCGAAACCAAAGGUGUUGGAGGUGAUGACUUCCUGGUGGUCCAUGCACGGGACGACUUCGCCGCCCUCCAUGGCACCACGCCGUACACCCACAGUAGCCCUGGUACACCCAUCAACAUGCCGUGGCUGGGCGGUAUGCAGACAGGCCGGGGGGCAGCCAUGAUGAUCAAGAGAAAUAUCAAUAAUGUGAGAAGGAUGACCUCGCAUCCCACACUGCCUUACUACCUGACGGGGGCUCAGGACGGCAGCGUGCGGAUGUUCGAGUGGGGUCACUCCCAGCAGAUCAUCUGCUUCAGAAGUCCCGGCAACUCCAGAAUCACCAGGAUACGAUUCAACCACCAAGGCAACAAGUUUGGUAUCGUAGAUGCUGAUGGAGGUUUGAGUCUCUGGCAGACCAACACGAGUGGGAAUGCACCCAAACCCUUCCUGACGCUGCAGUGCCACAACAAGACGGCUCAUGACUUCGUCUUCGUGGGCUCCUCCUCCCUCAUCGCCACUGCAGGUCUUUCAACAGACAACAGGAACGUGUGUUUGUGGGACACUCUGGUGACUCCUGCUAACAGCCUUGCACAUGCUUUCUGCUGCCACGAGUCGGGCGCCACCGUGCUCGCCAUGGCCCCCCGACAGCAGCUGCUCCUCACAGGCGGGAGGAAGGGCUGGAUCAGCGUCCUGGAGCUUCCCCAGAGGCACCAGCGGCAGAGCUUCCAGGCCCACGACUCCCCGGUCAAAGCUCUGGCCGUCGACGUGAUCGAGGACUGCUUCGUCAGCGGCUCAGCUGAGGGCAACAUCAAGAUUUGGAGCCUGGCCACGCAGUGUCUCCUCUUCUCGUUUCCUAACGAGCACGCCCGCCAGUCGCUGUUCAGGAACCUGGGCACGGGCGUCAUGCAGAUCGAAGUGGGGCCGGCCAAUCACAUCUUCUCCUGCGGCGCCGACGGGACCAUGAAGCUGAGGGUCCUCCCCAACCGCUACAGUGUCGGCAACAACAACAACAACAACCUCAAGAACGAUGUGAAAUUCAUCAUAUAGACGGAAGCAGAUCUGAAUAAUGUGAAGUUUGUUUUUAUGACGGAGCAACGUUUCUGGAACUGUCACGAAAAGUUCCUUCAUGUCGGGGGAGCGAGGCCGAGACAGAAACGAUGACAUAAAGUGUUCUGAAAAGUUUUAAAUGAAGAAAGGCUUUCAUGGAGAAAUGUUCAUAGGAGUUAAAGACUUUGACAGAGUGAGAGUGUUUCAUCUGAUUCAGGUUUUCCCCCUGAGAGUGAAAUGACCUGUUGCUCUGUGUGGAACUCAGCGUCCGCUCGACCAAACACAAAGGUUCCAAACUGCUGUGGAAGUUAAAGUGGGCACAGGGUAAAGACUUCAGGGCUCGUUCAGUGAGAAGAAAGACGAGCCAGCAGGAGAUCCUCCCAAACAAACUGCCAAGUCAGCGUCAGCGGACGAGCACAUGCGGAGCCUUUAUUUGCACAGAAAGUGAAGCUGUAGAAACAGGAAGCUGCUGAAGAGCCCGAGCUGCCACGUCGUUCUGCUCAAACAGCCGCGGCUUCUUUUAAGUUCAUGUUAGUAAAGCGUCUGCGAUAGAGGAAGCUCUUCUGGAAUCACUGCUGGAUCCUUUAACAGGAUGAAACGUGUGGAGACUGAACAACACUGCCGAACCUGAACCUCAGCACAACGCAGCCGUCUGAGCAGUGGACAAUCCCACAGAGCACAUUUGAUCAGUCACAGAUCCUCGUCCAACGAGCAGCUCAGCUGGAGGAUCAGGUGUUUAACUCACGACAGGAAACACAGGACGUCAGUUUCCUGUCACCGUUCCUCCGUCGCUCUCUCGUGAGGCUGAUCGGCUUCUCCAGCCUGAGUUGAAGUGAACAAAUUCGAUUAUUUAUGAGAUGCAUCAUGUUUCCUGAAAGUAAAACAGCAGUUUCACAUUUUAGAGAAUAUAUUUUUUUUUGUUUUCUCGGAUUCGAUAGAUGAGAAGAUUGAUGCCACUUUGUUUUUUACGAUGCUACGGUCGUUAGCUGCUUAUCUUAGCAUAAAGACAGUUAGCCUAGCGCUGUCAUGAUAUAACAGAAUCACAACAUAAUAACGUGUUUAAGAAUCAUUUUAGCAGUUUACAGCUGAUUAUAGACGUCAAACAAUCUCAUGGCUUUGCAGUUGCCUUAUAAUUAUUACUUCUAUUACCUUUGGGUUCAGUUACAUUAAACACGAGUUUUCACUUUACACAAGCAGAUGUGACCUUUGACCCCGUCUAUUCUGUAAACAGUUUCCCGUCAUGAGUGGAUGAGCCACAACACGAGCCCCUACUUUUUUUUAGGGUGUAUGUUUUUAUAUUUUACAAAAAUUAAAAUCGCACCAAAUUCUCAAGUGGCUUUGUGUUAACCGUUUUGCUUUGACAUCAGAUUCAAAAGGCUAGUUUUAGAUUUACAAGAAGCAUCUUUUUUUUAUCAUUUCCAAAGUUGUUUGCAGUUUUAUUUGUGAAUCGCACUAAAUCUAACAAUGUGUCGAUUAGAGUCGAACUCCAACAAAUCACCUGCUGCUGUUUCCAGAGAACCUGCACGCACCCGUCACUCGUACCUCGCACAGUAUCGCCACGCGUGAAAAACGGCCCGAUUAAAAAUAAAAGAAUAUAUAUAUUUAAAUAGUCUAGAUUAUAAAACUCCUCGCAAAUCAAUUUUCCCCAAUCCAGUUAAAGAGAAAACCUGCAGCUUUAGCUUCUUUUGAACAGCCACAUAUGAGAGUAUCAGUCUUCUCACCUUCUACGACAGAAAGCGAAUAAAAUAAAGUAUUUUCCAAAAUGUCACUGGCUUGGAUCCAGGUUUACAGAUGUGCCGUCGCUCAGUGUUUCCUCACGUUCCUGCUCCGCUUCUCUUUCAUUUGCACAUCAGGAUUAAGCUGAACUCGAUGUAUUGUGAUGCAGAUUAGUACGAGGCUGGAUAGAGCAGUCAGUCAUAAUAGUACAAUAUAUCGUAGGAUGUGUGUUUAUCUAGGCCUAGAUUAUAUCAGUGGUAUUAUUAUUAUCAUUAUUAAGUGUCCUUACUCUCCAACAGCUGCUGCUGCUGUUGGUCCUGAUGAUACAGAUUAUUACUGAUGUUAAAUUGCACAGAUUAGCUUUAAUUUGAGGUUCUCGUUGGAGCAGUGGGACACAUGAACACCACCGCUUCUCUGUUCUUUCUUUUGACAUGUUUGAGAUUAAGCUGAUGAACAUGUAGAAGGAGACGUUGCCCGGGGCGAUGAACCGGCUUCUGGGUUUUAACGCAUUUCUCGUUGUGUUGUGCAAAACGUUUUAUUUCCAAUGACGACUCAUCUUUCGUCGUCUCCAAACUUUCCUUCUCCACUUGGGCCGUGAUUUGAAAACCGCCUCGGGAACAACAGUGUUUCUCUUGAAGUAAUAUUCACUUUAUUAACAAACAAACUUUAUCUGGUUUGACUUUCACUUGUUUUGGAACAAGUCACAACAAUGUCACUUAUUUUUUUUUUUUUUUAUUAUUAUCAUCACAGUGUCUUUUUUUCUUUUAAAUCACCCGAACGCAGCACGUUGCUUCAGCUCCUGCUGCGACGUGGACGCUCGGCCGCCGCAGCAAAGCGUGAAGGGGGGGUAAUAAAAAUCAGUUCACACGACCCACAGCCCCCCCGCUGUGCUGCUGCUAGGGAACACAUGUACAUUCGCUUUGAUUUCAGGGAGAUAAACUGAGGAAAAGCUUUUAAAUAGAGCAGAUUUAUUGCAGUCGUGUAAAUACAUAGAUCCGCAAACGAGGCUUCUCAUAUUAACUGCGUAUUAAUAAGGACUAGUCGUAGAUAAACAGUUGGUUAUAACGACAGAAGCCACUUUAUGAAGAAUAUAAUUCUAUACAAAUAUAUUUAUGGAUCAUGUGCAUAUUUAGGAUUAUAGACUAACUGAUCAAAAGAUGGAUGUGAUCUUAUUUCCUGCUCUUUUUCUUCUUAUUGGAUUAAUUUCUUAUGUUUUUGUUCCUUUUGUGAGCGUGAACAACAAGAUUGUGAUUUUUGUUUCCCCCACGAAUCAAAGUGGUUUGAGUAGGACGAGAGAUUAAAAUCCAUUUUAUCAAAAAUUAAAUCCAUGUUCGCUCCGACAAAAACUGGAGAAUAAAAUCUAUUUUUUAACCAAAUCCUGCUUCUUAUUUUCCUCUCGGCUUAAUAAAAAAAGAACUGAAUCUCCACUUCUUUACUUUUUUUUCUCACUUCAAUCUUACAAAUGUGAAUUUGAUCAGAGGAUUCUAAUUUUAUAAUGAAGACAAUGUGUAAAUCAAUGUAUUAAAUACAGAAAAUGUACCGAUGUAAUAAAAAUGAUGCAACAUGA